AUGUCAUUUAAAGCUGUAUUAAACGGUAAUUUUAGCCGUAUGCAGUUCCGUCCAAGAAAGAUAGACACCCGAAAGGGUAUGUGUGUUAAGUUGGCUUCAGAGGUAGACGACGAAGAAUUUUCUAAAGUUAUUAGGGAAAAUCCUGAAGUCGUCACUGGAGUCGAAAAAGGCGAAGAUGAAGAACUUCAUUUCAAGAAUCUGGUUGAAAGACAGCAUAAUAUGAUCGAAAGAAAUGAAGUAAAUGAUGAUGUUCCGGGAAAGGAUGACGAGCCGGCAAUUCCGUGCCCUGAAAUAGGCGGGGAUGCAGGAGAUAUAGAAAAAGAACCUUUUUUCGAUCCUAAUUACAAACAUCCUAAAUCAUACAUUAAAUUCUCUUUGCCAGUUGAAGAGUGUAUAGGAUGUCUGUACUGUCUUGAUGAAGUCGACGAAAAUUGGUUGCAAGAGCAUAACUCUAAAAAGAAUUCCAAGCCUCUUGAAGCAAAUACGCUAGAAAGGAUUAUGGAUUUCUUUGAGAAGGUUGCAAAAAGGCGACCAUUGAUGUUGGCUGAAAGAAAGUUACCCUCGUGGGAAGAUUGUUUAAAACAAUUACCUGAAAAAUUAUUACCUUGGGUAGAAGACGUAGAAAUCGUAUAUACUCAUUGGAAAGCACGAAGAAAUCAGAAUAUUAUUCACUACCAAAAAGUUAGUCAAUUGAUGCCAGAAAUAAAGGUUGGUGGCAAUUGGUUAACAACGGUUGCUCCUAUCAACAAGCCUAAAAAUAAUAAGAUUGAUAAAAACGAUAAAAAAAAAAAGACAGUCGAAGCCAAAAAAGAUGACGACGAUGAUGCAUAUGUCUGUUUUCGUCGUCGUGAACUUAGACCAGUUAGACGGACACGCCGAACCGAAGCACAGUCUGUCAACAAGUUAAAAAAUAUACGGGUUGACCUUCAAAGCGGACGUGAUCUGUUGGGUUCAGUACAAUCACGCGAAAAGGUUAAAAAACAAAAGAUUGGUAUCGAUCGUAAAGUGUUCACAUUAGAAUGUCAAGUGAAAGAUUUGCAAAGGGAAUUGGGCAUUAAGAAGCAUCCACAAAAGAUCAAAAAACAAAAGCCAUUUACUUCACAGUAUGAAAUUGUUGGACUAAGGAAAAAUCCUGUCAAGGCAUCAAAGAAAGAUACCGAUCUUUCAUUGACGGAUAUUACAGAUGCAAGUAUCUUAUUUAUUGAUAUAAAUGAAUUUGUAAAAACAUCAUCUUAUCCAUCUGCAUUCAGAAGUCGUUUCGGUCGUGGUGGUCGUAGACGCUACACACUUGACAGAAGUGAAACUACCAAAUUCCGCGUUUCAAGGGAAAUAGAGAAUUGGAGGUUUAAAUAUGAUACUGAUGAAGAGGAAGAUAUAUGCAGUGAUGAAGACUAUUAUACUGAUGACGAAGAAACCGUGGAUGCAGAUGAAGAGAUGAAAGAUAAAGAGAUUAGUGACAAUCCAAUCAUAUGGAAAAUAUUGACAGAUGAAGAUUAUCAAAAUCUUAGUACAUAUCGUAAACAUUCAAAGGAAAAGCAGAACUCUCCCAAACAACCAACACGGGAAGAAUUUAUAAAUGCCAAAAUUAAUACAUUGUCUCAAGGAAACACGGACAUACGUUCGAAUUCCGACAAUAGAUCAUCCGGCCAAGCAUCACAGUCUCGACCUAAUUCUGAAGCUGUACAAAAUACUGAACACAGGGUAGAAAAUCAGGUUCCUCGCAUAAAUAAUGAUUCACGAAAUAAUAUUGAUAUUGACGUACAGCGUCCAUCAAACUUUUUGCCAAGGGUUAAUAAUAUUGAUCUGAGAACUAUUGAACAAAGACCUAGUGUAAAUAUAAGGACAGUUAAUGAUCCGCGGACCAAUUCUACACAACGUAAUGUUGAAUCUCGAUUGAAUACAAAUAUUGAUCCUCAAGCAGCAUUCGUCGAUCCGCGUUCGUUCAACAAUGCUAAUGUUCAGAGGGAUCAACCACAAAUCAUUAUGCGAGAUCAACGAACCAAUAACCCUUCAAUUUCUACUCAAAUGACAAGUCGUAGUCAAAAUUUAACUGCCGAUCCAAAUUCUAUCCGAGAAACGCUAUUAAAUAGUGUUCCUUUUUCUGGCAAUCAUCGUUCAACGGCCGAUCAAAAUUUAAAUGGGGUCUCAAGGUUAAAUGGAGAAUCACAGCAAAGAUCACUUGGACAUAACGGACAUGCUGUUAGGUCUCCCGUUUCUACCAACCAUCGCGAUAAUUUGUCACCUUAUAGACGCAAUUCGCAAAGAAACAAUCGAAUUCCUGAGAAUUCUACAAAUUCAGGUUCUACAUUUACGUUUACCAAUAUAGGUAAUCGAAUUGGGACGAAUUUAAGAGGUACACUUGCAACAAGUGUGGGAACUCCCAAUAUGACUGCUUCAACUAUUCCAUUAUCAAAUCAAGGAGGAGCAAUUAUAACGGUUCCAGUUAUUCCAAUUUCUGCACAAAUUCCAUCCCGUCGUCCAUCAGUCAACAUUCCUUCGAAUGCUGCUCAAAUCAAUGGGGAUGGAAUAUCGCAAACGGUUGUAAGUCCAAAUAAUGUAAUAUUUACCAGCAAUGGUCAAGUAGUCACGCCGAUAAAUACCACUCGUACUGGUUCUAAUCCAGGGAUGAUUAUAAAUAGUACAGGACAAGUUGUUGGUCCAAUAACUACUGUCUCCCUUGGACGAUCAGAUUCCAAUCCCGGGGUAGUUUUAAAUAAUGCAGGACAAAUUGUUUCACCAAUGAAUAACUCUUCUCUUACACGUUCUGGCUCUAGUUCUGGUGGAGCAAUAAACAAUGCUGGACAAGUGGUUACUACAAUGAAUAAUACAGUUCUUGUAAAUGCAUCUCUUACACGUUCAGGUUCUAAUCCCGGAGCAAUUGAUCCAAGAAGACUUCAACGUACUAACCAAGGAAUGCUAAUAAACAAUAAUAACUUGAUAAUUGCCAAUAUGUCACGCAAUCCUUCAAAUCAAGGAACUAUAAUGAAUGGAGUUGCGAUGGUAGAUCCUAAUGCCGCACAACAUUCUCAAACUACUUCAGGUAUUAUGUUACAUGGUAAUAACCAAAUGAUUGAUCCAACAAAAAUGAACAUUGUUCAAAUAGGCGGUCGAAUGGUAAUAUUAGAUAACCAGAACUCUUAUGUAAAUGGAGGACAAGUUCAAUCAUCCACCUUUUUAAAUGGAGCCACUCAAGUACAACAAACAUCCUCACCAUCUACUUUUGUAAAUUCACAUUCAUCACAUCCAUCACCAUUGCCCACGAAUACACCAAAUACUCCAAAUACUCCACGUUCUAAUAUGGGAACACCUAAUUCACGAGGAGAAAAAUUUUCAACACCUCAAGAUCCUAAUUCACCAGCACAAAUGAGUCUCGUGCAGCGACAAAUUCUUUUGAUGCUAGCACAUGUCACUAAUGGAUCGCAACAAGCUUUUGUUCAUCCUGGUAAUGUUAAUAAUAUGGUACGAUCUAAUGGUUCACUUAGCCCUUAUAUUAGAAUUGGUAAUUUCACUCAAGAUGAACUUAAACUUUUCGGUAUGAAUAUGAAUAAUGUACAACAGACGAACAGUAGUUCGACACCCAUGAUUAGACAUUCGUCUAUAGGUGUCAACCCAUCGCCUAAUAUGGUAAAUAGAAGCAAUCCGGCUGUACGACAAACCACAAAUGUACAACCUACUGUUCAAUCAAAUGCAGGUAUUCGUCAUAAUUUUAUUCUACCCGGUGCGGUGAACAUGAUACAAACGAAUUCCCCCAAUCGUCAAAUAAUUUUACCAGCUAACAAUAAUCAACAACGUCCAUCACCAAAUGUCAUUAACAAUACAAACAGUCCAUCUAUGAACAAUGUUCAAAUUCGUCAAAAUCAAACAAAUACCGCAUUUUUACAUGCAAAUAAUGCACAAAUCCAAACAACUAUCGCGACCAAUAAUGACAAGUAG